AUGGCAUGUUCCUCCUACGGGGACUCUCUCAAAAAGUCUGUGGAUCAGGCAGUUCUCCAACCUACAACUGCCCGUCUCAACGAAACUUACGAAAAACGACAACGCGCCGCUUCUGCCGCUGACGUGGAAGUGCAGACCAACGAAGCUGAUUCAGUUAAUAUAUACACCACACCAGCGGACGAUGCUGUGCCACCGACCGAAAGUGCAAGCAAUACUACCGAGAGCAAUACUCAGACCGCAGUACCCUCGAUCACUAGAUCACUAUCUUGGAUCCUGUCAGACUGA